AUGGACUACUCGGCUGUCUCGACUGAUCCCGAACACCCCGCGGGCCCCUCACCCUGGGGCUCUCCGCGCGCUGACCGCAACACAUUCCCCGCCUCCAACAACAGCGACAUCCCGUCGUCCCCUUUGCCUGGCCAGGAGAGAGAGGAGGCGUAUGGGAGCCAGGCGCCAGUUCCCCAAUCUCCAGACCUCUCGGCGCAACUUCAGAGCGCUCAAUUGGGUGACCCGGAUUUUGCCGAGGGACAGUCUCCCCUAGACAGCUCUCAACAGCAUUCACAGAUCCCCGCACACUACCAGAAUUAUCAGACAGGGCAGCGUCCAACUUCCCGCCCUCCCGCUCCGGCGUACAAGAUCCAAGCCAAGAUUACCGGGUUGGAGAGGACAGGAAAGAAAGACCCGAUUCUCCGCUUCGAGGUCCACACCAAUAUUCCCAAGUUUCGCACUACCCAAUACCGCGAUGUCCGCCGCACUCACGCCGAAUUCACUAAACUCGCCGACCAUUUGAUCUCGGCCAACCCGGAAUGUCUUGUCCCCGCUGUCCCAGCACCGGUGACCCCAGCCGGUGCAGGCACUGAUGAGGAUGAAGCUCGAGUUAAAGCGUCAAUGCAAAGAUGGCUCAAUACCAUUUUAAGCAACGAUGUCCUCAUUCAUGACGACGAGGUCGUGCUGUUCGUGGAAAGCGAUUUUGGCUAUAGUCCAGUGGUUCGAAUGAAGCAACCGGCCACUGGAGUGCGACGAAAGAUGUUGAAGCAGUUUGCUCCUCCACCAGAUGAUACACCCGAGCUCCAGUCAGCUCGCCCCGUCGUGAAGAUGCUUUACUUGGCCUCAAUGGAUACCAGUCAUAAAGUAGACCGUGUUGUAAAGGGCCGUCGCGGUCUUGGUCUGGCUGAGUCCGAUUUCGGAGUGAAGAUUGGCCAAAUGAGCGUCCAGGAGACACAUUCAGGUUUAGCUGCUGCCUAUCGCAAGUUGGGCAAGGUUGUUCAGACUGUGGGUGACUUCCAUGCUGUGCAGGCCACCGCAGAAGCCACUACUCUCGGGGAACCAUUGAGCUACCACUCCCAGGAUGCUUUUAUUGUCAAGGAGACCUUGACCAACCGUCACAUCUUGCUACGCGACCUUCUCCAAGCUCGACAGACUGCCCAGAGCAAGCGCGCCGCAGCAGAUCGAUUGAAGGUUAGCUCAUCAGUGCGCCCAGAUAAGGUUGAUGAAGCCAUCAAUGCCCUCGAGGAGGCACAGAACCAGGAGGAGUACUUGACGAAGCGCACCCAGCGCGUUACUGGAAAUCUUCUGCAAGAAAAGCGCCGCUGGUUCGACCGCACCACCAACGAUCUUCUGUCUAGUCUGCGAGAGUAUACUUUGCGCCAAAUUGAGGCAGAGCGCCGGACCUUGGCAACUCUCGAGAGUGUUCGACCUGAUGUCCGCGCCAUUGAUUCAUCUGGUGGUUUGAGCAGGCUGGGCCGUGAAUCACACCCGGCACAGCGCAGACCUAACAUCUCCUCCAGUCAGGGUCCCAAGGGUGAUGCCUGGAGUGGCGUUCCCCGUCGCGUUGACAGCGGCCGGAGCGGUAGUUUGACGGCUACCGGCGAGGAGGAGGGUGAGGAGAGCUUUGAGUCUGGUCCGGGGCGUGUACGUUCUACUAGCAAGGUCGAUUCUAUUGCUGAGGACGACGAUGACCGACUGGAUGCUCGCAACGCCGCCAGCCGGCUGGCUACCAGCACUUUCUGA